GUUUUCAGUCUUCGGACUUAAUAUUCAAAGUAGCAGCCAGCGGUUUAAACUCCCAAAAGAGAAUAACCCUGAGAAGAAACUUGGAAAGCUUAAAAGCAACAUAUAUGGAAAAAUGGGAUGAUAGUUGCACUCAUUUAACAGUAGAAAAGCUUACGUUGACCAUAAAAGUCCUGCAAGCGCUCAUCGACGAAAAACCAAUCGUUACUCUGGAUUAUUGGGCAGCCUGUGAAGAAAGUCUAGCACAAAAAUUACCCAUGCCUAACAUUGAGGAGUAUAACAAACCUCCAGUUGCAGAACAAUUGUUGAAGUCGGAUUUUCAAUACAGAUUUAAUUCGCAAAGGAGGAGUUUGUUUAAGGACAAAAUGUUUGUUUUUCAAACGGCGAAUUGCAAGAAACAGAUGGAAGAGGUUAUUGAAAAAUGUGGUGGAAACUGCAUAUCGUGGGAAGAAACCCCCAAAACCUAUGAAGAAAUAAGUGAAAGCCCCCUGGACUAUUUACUGGUAAAGUCAGAAGGAGACGAAGAUAAUGCAUCUUAUGACGCAAUGAUAAGGCUAUUACGAAGAGACAAUAAAAGACACAUUGCCAGGAACGAAAUAGCUUUAGCCAUCGUUUAUUGUUCUUGCGAUGUCAGUUGUAAUGCAAACUUCAACAAGCUAGCUGAAGUUUUUGAUGUCUCGACGCCAAAACCUGCAUCCAAAGCUGUCCUUGUUACGGAAACUCAAUCGCAAAAAGAUGUUUCCAUUAAAACAGAAAAAAUUAUUCCUGCUACUGUAGAAGACGAAUGGAUGACCACCCCUUCUGGCAGUGGUCAGAAAAAAAAUGAUGAUCAACAACUUGCAGGGCCUAGUGGUGUAAAAAGGCCUUCUAAAGAUACUGUUGAGAGUGGAGCUAAGAAGUUGAAACUGGAAGGAGGAGGGGUGAUUGAACCAAAAAAAGUUGCAUCCAAUGAUUUUAUUGGAAAACAAAAACCCGAAAUCAUCGUUAUAGAUGAUUCUACACCAGAGAGAAAAUCGUCUCAUUCUCAAAAACGCAAAGCAACUCCACUAGAAAAUCCAUUCUCACUUGCUCUAAAGAAAAAAAACAAAACGUCCACAGAAGAAAACGAAAACCCAUUCCAAAUAGCAAAGAAACUUUCAAAAACAACAGACACAGCUAAAGAUAAUCCGUUUGGAAUACUCAGAACCAAAACUCAGCAGAUAAAAACUGAAAAAAUCCAGCCCAGCAAGAGGGAAAUUAAACUUAUACCAAUGCAAAGCAACAUUUCAGCCAUUUCGCCUGGCAAACAAAGCAUUUUAAAUCUCACUUGGAUGUCCAAAAGUACUAUAAAACUAGAAUCGUGCAAAAUCGAAGAAGAUCCUGAAUUGGCCAUUGUAAUAGAGGCGUUUAAAGAUUGCGUUCAAGUCAAACCAAUGAAAGAAUAUGUGAAGCCUCAACCUAGUGUGGUUGAAUGUGGUGAUGGGAGGAAAAACUUUAAAAAGUUUAAAAAGGUAAAAAUUCUCCACCCUCAAACCAGAAUUAUCAGCAGAAAUGAAUUAUUAAAGUGUGUUGCUGGCGACAUAUCGCAUGAUCUAGUACGCGAUAAUUUCAACAACGAUUCUGACGAAGAUUAUCCAAGGGGGUCCAAUGCUACCAAAACUGUUGAUUCCAGAAAACGUAUAAAACGUGAACCUGGGAUUAAAAAGUUUUUUAUAUAAAAUGAUCUCAGCCGUAAUUCUUGUUAGUUGUAAGCCAGUCUCCUGUUACCUGUAAUUAAAUCUAAGAUUAAAAUUUAGAAAUAGUUUAUUUGCGGUGAAGAAGCCUAACAGUUCAAACAUGAUCGAUUUUGUAGAACAUUUUUAUUCAAAAUCCUUAGUUGGAGAAAGUGAAUUUAGCUGCCGAAGCGCGCGGGCUGCUCUGAAUAUUUUCGGCUUUACUGGUCCUAAAGCGCUUCUCGUCCCGCCUGGGCAGUAACGUCUCGUGUCACAAAUCUCUGUGUGAAUCUCAAUAGUUGUAUUCCUUUCAAGAGUUUAGAACCCUAGAGCUACUUGCUCCGGUGUUUGUCGACCCCGAUUUGUAAGGAACAGAUGCGCUGGCUGCUUUCGUGCAUUUAAAUGGUAUGAUUUGGGCUUGAGCACUCAGGACCAGCUUGGGAGCAACAAACACUUUUCGAAAGGAAUAAGCGCGUAACGCCCCGGAGCUCCUAGGUGUGAAAGUAAUACAAUUAUUGGGCGUGGCUGCUCCGAGCCAAACGAGGGGUGCGAGAUUUCAGAACGUUCUAUUGCUCAAGUCGGACACAGCUGCUUUCGGGCAGUCACUUAUCAGUUGCAGUAGUGAGUCAGUCGCAAUACUGAAUAAAAUAACCCUGUCUAAAAUUGGAUGGAUACGCAACCAAAAAGAUUCAUUAAAAUAAGAUGGAAACCGGAAAUACAUGAACCGCAUCAAAUCUUAUAUCCUUACUGGAAAUACAAUGUGCUGUGGCAUCUCGAGAAGGAUCAAAAGGAAUCGCAGGUCAUUGGGAAUCGCCUCCUAUUAAAAAUUAGAGACUACCUAUCCUUACUGUGUUUUUCAAUUUUUUGAGGUUUGAUAAUUUUUAUCAGCAUGUUGACCCUUUAGAAAUUUCAGAAACCACUGACUUCAAUUUUUCAUUCUUAUAUCAAAACCCAGUCCUGGAAACGUUCUGAUGUGUAUAUGUAAUACCCUGCUGGAUCCUCAAACCUCGUGGCCGUGGGUAAUCCAAGCAUAAUUUUAUUCAUUUUGCUCUCUUUGAUGACAUUUUCAAGGGAAAGACUAUAAAAAUAUUUAGUGUGGUAUUGUUGAAAUAAACAAACUUUU